AUGCUUAAUAUUCUUGAUCAUUUUUUCUAAGUGUUUAUUCUUUCUUUCCCAAAUUAAUUCUUCCUCACAUUAGGAAAUGGCAGGAGGUAAAGAAGAAAAGAAAGAUGAGAAGGGAAAAGAUAAAAUGGAAGGAAAGGAAGAAAAGAAGAAAGAUGAUAUUGAAUUGAUUACUGCUAUUUACAAAUUAAACUUGCAUUGUCAAGAGUGUGGGGGCAAGAUUAAGAAACAUCUAUUGACUACUCAAGGAGUGCAGAGUGUGGAAAUGGAUAUUGAGAAAGGAGAAAUCAAGGCAAAAGGAAAAUUGGACCCUUUGAAAAUUUUGAAGCUUAUAGAGAAUAAGAGCAACAAAAAAGUUGAAUUAAUAUCACCAAAAGUGAAGCCUAAGGAGAUUGCUACUACGGAUAAAAAGCCAAAGGAAAUUAAAGAUCCAACUGUCCGAACUAUCUCGGUAAAGGUUCACAUGCAUUGUGACAAAUGUGAGGCUGACCUAAAACAAAGAUUAAUCAAGCACAAAGGUAUUUUCAAUGUUAAAACCGACAAGAAAGCUCAAAGUCUAAUAGUUGAAGGGACCAUAGAAGUGGAAAAAUUGAUAUUAUUUUUGAAAAAAAGAGUGCAUAAAAAUGCAGAAGUUAUUUCCAUAAAGGAAGAGAAAAAAGAAGAAAAGAAAGGCAAUAAGGGCAAAGAAGAAACAAAGAAAAAAGAAGAUGAGAAAAAGUCUUCUGGUGAAUCAACCAAAGAAAAAUUAGGAGAAGGCAAGUCUAGUGGUGAAACAACUAAAGUAAUAGAAAUUCAUCAUGGGCAUACACAAGAUGAGAUUCAAAUCAAGGACAAAAAUGUUCCUUAUAUUAUUCACUAUGUUUAUGCCCCACAACUUUUUAGCGAUGAGAAUCCAAAUUCUUGUUUCAUUUUAUAAGUACAAUAUAAGGUUAAAUUACAUUUGUGGUUCUUUAAUUUAUUUCAGGUAAAGUUUUAGU